AUUGGAAAGUUAAAAUAAAUAUAUUUGGGAAAGUUUGUUUUGAUUUUUAGCAUUUUCACACAGAAAAAAAUCUAAAUUUUUGGAUAAAAAUUAAAUUAUUGAAUGAAAAAAUGUCAGAAGCACUGAUAGCUAGUGGAAAAGUGUGUCGACUGUGUUUGACGAAGGAGCAGGAUGUGUAUUUGGGUGAUAAAAUUAGCAAAGGAUUGAAGUUCUGGCAAGUUUUCACAAGCAUCACAAAUAUUCGGUACUCCCCGCAUGAUGGGUUGCCACAGUCAAUUUGUCGUAUGUGUGCAGCGCAACUGACGAACAUUCAGGUUUUCCGGGAACGCUGUGAGACUUCCAAUGAAACCCUCCUGGGGACGCUUGCUCAAACGAGCACCAAUGUGGAUUAUCUAGAGGGGGAUGAUGAUGUUGUGCUGGAGGAGAAAUACGAUCCGGAGAUUACUACGAUCAUUCUGCAGGAGGAUGAUUCCAUGAUAUCGGACAAUGAUGUGGAGUAUCUCGUUGAGGAAAUCAAGGAUGAGUUUGAGGAGCCACUGCAGGAGGAUGAAGAAGUCGACAUGGGGGAGGAAGAAACAGAAGAAGUUGAGGAACAAGAGACAUCUGGUAAGAAGUACCGUGCAAAGAAAUAUCGUUGCAAGCAGUGCGGGGUACACGUGGAGUCUCCGAGUAAGUUGAUGCGACACCUCCGGACGCACGUGCUGGAAGAUCAAAAAGUCCUCCACAAUUCCAAGAUUGGCAAAGUCUUCUCCUGCAAGAGCUGCGGCGUGGCUUUCCUCAAGUCCAAACACCUUCGGAUUCACGUUCUCAGUGGGCGGUGCAAAGGAAUGCCCGGAGCUGAGAAUUUGCUCCUGGAAGAGGAUCGUCGACGUCCGGGAGGCACAGAAGGGCGUACCGAGGUGAAAAAUGAGUUGACUGAGGAAUUUGCGGAGGGCUACAGAUGCUACGUUUGCGAUAAAUUGCACGAGAGUAUGGAUUUGCUGAAGAAUCAUCUCAUAGAGAUGCACAAAAAGCUCGGAGAUCCCCUAUUUUGCUGCAUUCGAUGUGAUUUUACGCAUGAAUUUCCCGAUGAUAUGAUUGAGCAUUAUCGCGAGAAUAAGCUAUGCGACGACAUGGCACGCUCCGGGGAGAAGGAAACGCAUUUUACGUGUGAAAUCUGCGACAAACACUUCCGGUUUCGAUGCGACCUCAAGAAGCACAGCAUAUGCCACACGGGUGAAAAGGGCUUUGAAUGCGACAUAUGCUUCAAGCGCUUCACGCGCAAGGGGGAGGUGGUCAUCCACAAGAGGCAGCACUUCAACAUUAAGCCCUAUAUGUGUCAGGAAUGUGGGAUUUGCUUCAGCAGGUGCAACAGCCUCGCACGGCAUCGCUUGGUGCACACGGGAGAGGCAAAAUGGGAGUGCGAUGUGUGCCACAGACGCUUCAAAUGGUCCUCCGUACUCAAAGUGCACCGAUACUCCCACACAGGUGAGAAACCCUUCAAGUGCAAGCUCUGCUCCAAGGCAUACACCAGUCGCAGUGGUCUCGUUAAGCACAGAGCUAAACAUCCGGAAAUAAAGGAUGACGUCGAUGUGAGCGAUUAAACACACACACAAACAUCGGGGGGGAGGGGGGGUGGUAUUGCUGGUGGAAUUAUUUCAAGAAGAAUCAAAAGAAUUUUUAAAGUUCUUCCGGGAGGAUACGGAUUGCAAAGAAUCAGAGAAUUAUUGAGACAAAGAUCUCCAAAAACACAGCAAUACCAUCCCACAGGAUCUCUUCUUUUAGAACAUCUUUCCUUUUAACAAAAAACAAAAGAAUUAUUUUAUAAUUUAAUUUAGAUAUUAUGUAAGAAGAAAAAUUGAUUCAAUAAAGUCGUUGGUUAGCAUAUAAA